AUGUCGCUCGCCCAGCAGCGCCCGGAUCGCACCGAGGCGGACGGCACCGCUUCGAGUGUCGGCCCAAACACCUCGACCCACGCAACAGAGCAGCAGCCACAACAGCAGCAACAGCUGCAAGCACAGGCGCGGCAGCACCGGGCACCAUCAUGGAGCGACGGCUCCUCAUGUCCUGUGCCUCACGCCAAGUCGCAGCCAUUGCCCCCCGGACACCCUCCCGUCCCUGACGCUCCAGCGUCCACCUUAUACCCACCCACCGACUCGCGCUGCAUCUUCUACCGCUCUCCCGAUGAUCUCGCUCAGACACCGCCGCUCUCGCGCUCCGCAUCGUCCUCCAUGCUCUCGUCCACCACCACGCUGCCCUCGCUGCACGAGCUCGCCGUCACACACGGCGCCUCUGCCUACGAGUUCGACCGCGCACAGAAGCUCGACCAACAGCGCAAGGAGGCCAACAUCAAUCCGCUGCCGCUCGAAGGCCAGCUUGGUGUUGAUCCCAGCUGCACCCUCGUCCUCGCCAGCCGCAACAGCCAGCUCGCCCUGGUUCAAAGCUCCCACGUCAGUGCCAUGCUCGAAGCACGCUACGGCAAAUCCUCACCCCUCUUCCGCACUCAGCUCGACCAGGCCGCCGCGGCGCUCUCGGUCGACUCGCCUGGUAGCAGUCCGGCAGAAUCAUCGUCGCCCUCCGCCACGCGCCUCCAAAAGGUCGACAGCGACCACGCCGACCACGACGUCGACUUUCUCCGCAACCUCCUCCACUCCUUCCAGCCCGCAGCCGACGCUCCAUUGCGCCCACACGCCUUCCCCAUCACCUCCAUGUCGACCGCCGGCGACCAGAACCUGCGCUCGCCUUUGUAUGUCAUCGGCGGCGAAGGCAAGGCCAUCUGGACCAAGGAGCUCGAGGUCGCUCUCGAGCAGGGCGCCGUCGACGCCAUCGUACACUGCCUCAAGGACGUCCCCACCGCCCUGCCAAAGGGUCUUGAACUCGCCGCCGUGCUCGAGCGCGAGGACCCGCGCGACGCUCUCGUGGUCAAGGCCGGCCUUCCGUACAAGGUGCUCGACGAGCUGCCCGUCGGCUCGGUCAUCGGCACCUCCUCCGUCCGCCGCGUAGCCCAGCUGCGAAGGAGAUACCCGCACCUGGUCUUCAGCGACGUUCGCGGCAACAUCAACACUCGCCUCGCCAAGCUUGACGCGCCCAACGGUCCCUACACCGCGCUCAUCCUCGCUGCCGCCGGUCUGGUGCGCCUCAACAUGCACUCGCGCGUCACCGCCUUCCUCAGCUCGCCCGUGCUGCUCCACUCGGUCGGUCAGGGCUCCUUGGCCAUCGAGGUGCGCUCGCCGCCCGCGGGCGCCGAUCCCACCACCAACCGCGACGCACGCAUCCGCCAGCUCAUCCACAGCAUCGGCGACUGGCGCGCCACCUUCCGUGCCGAGGCGGAGCGCGCGCUGCUCAGGGAGCUCGAGGGCGGCUGCUCCAUUCCCGUCGGUGUCGAGACGCGCUUCGACGAUCACGACCACGUCGAGGGUCAGCGCAGCGAGGCGAUCGCCUUGGUCGACGACUUUAUCACCGCGGGAGACGCAGAUGCCAAGGCGGAGCUGCCCAACGGUGGAGUGCCCCUUGUUCGCGAUGGCCACACCAUCCCCGCAAGCCAACUCGCCGAUGCCAGCGCAGACAGCCGCAUCCUCGCAUCCUCGCCUCCCACGCGGCCCCCGCUCGAGUCGCUCGCUACGGGGAUGGAGCAGAUCCAAGCCGCCAAGACACAGUCCAAGACCGCAGACGCUUCGACCUCCGCCACGACGAUCGCGGACAAGAUCGUCUCGACGUCGUACAGUAUCGUGGAUCGAUCCACGCCCGCUGCCGAAGGUCGCACGCUGCAUCUGGAUGCCAUCGUAGUCUCGCUCGACGGCAGCCAAGAGUCGCGCUACUCGGCGUCCAAGCACUGCAAGACGCUCGAGGAUGCUCGCGAGCUCGGUGUGCAUGUUGCCACCGAGCUGGCGCACAAGCGCGGCGCAAGGGCGAUCUUGGAGGAGGUCGAGAGACACCGCAAGAUGGCCGAGCUCGCCGACAAGCGUCGACGCGAAGAGGCGCGCAAGCGCAAGGCGCUCGGCCUGUCCGGUGGCGAAACCAAUGCGAUCGCCGUCAGCAACGGCGUGGCCUCGGUGGCGGAACAGGGCGACUUGCAAGCACUCAAGAAGUCCAGGGACGGAUGGAUGCGCGGACAGGCAGAGAUCAGUCUGUCUGCCGAGCUCGAAAAGUUCAGAAGCCAGCACAGCGGUAGCGACUUGCCCGACGCGCAGUGCGAUCCACUCGAGGUAGAUCGCCGAUUCGUACCGCGCGACGACGGCCAGCCCAAGGCGUGGGAGGUAUAA